CAGGCCGCUUCAUCAGAAGUUAUCGGGAAGCCAGCGUGUGCGGAUGCUGGCGAAAGUUAUAUUUAAGAUUUUAGUCAGUGAGGAGCAGUGCGGGUUCGCCACUUAAACGGUCGGGUAUUAAUGGUGCUUUCAAAUUAAUUGCUAUCUGCACUGCUAACAGUGCAAGUUAGAGCAUUAAAAAUUAUUAAAUAAAAUUAGUUAUAAAAUUAAACAAAAAAUUAAAUAAAUAAUACAAAGGAUUUACAGGGUGUCAUCAUUUCUUUACAAAUAGUGUGCAAAUAAGCGCAAAAUAAAGGACUUUUAAAAUGAAAUUUUUAAGUCAUCUUGGAUAUUUUCGUUUAAAAAACAGUUUCGCUAAAAAGUAUAGCUGUACAUUAUUUGCAGUUCUUCUGGUCACAUCAAGCCUCAGUUUGACAGAUGCAGUACGACAAAAUCCCCUGAAGAAUCCAAAAAUUUGUGGCAGGCCACAGUGUGAACAUUCAGCGCCAAAAUUCAGUUUCAGUGACGCUAUCUACAAAUAUGACUACGCAAUCGAUUUACGUACCGAAUUCUCGGGUACUGGUGAAAACAGCUCUGACUUAUUUCUCCUAACAAAUUUGGAUUUGUUUUUUCCAAAACAAUGUGAAGGAUUCCUUCGAAUAAAUGACGUUAAAUUAUGGAACAAAGAAUCAACUGAUGAUAACAAGAGUUCAUCUUCCAGUGAAGAUUUUGAUUAUUAUGGUGAAUUUAAUGAAGCAUCUGCGGAAAAUGAGUCAGGAAAAAUUGGUGAAAUACAUCCCAAAAGCAAGGAAUUAGCAGCUGAUAUUAAAAAGAAUAUAUUACGUUUUGCAUUCCACGAUGGCCUCAUAAGUGAGGUGUGUCCUAAUGAAAAUGAACCUGCCUGGGUUUUGAAUUUCAAAAAGGGCAUCUUGAGUGCAUUUCAAAACACAAUGAUGAGAUUUGAUGUAGAUUUCAAUACUACUGAAACAGACGUAUCUGGUACUUGCAAUGUGCAAUAUUCCCUAGAAAGCACAGAUGAUGUGUUUGUAAAGAUUCGUAAAGUUAAGAAUAUAGCGAACUGCCGUAAUCGUUAUUCCACGCAUUCUAUAUUGCAAACAACUCCUUACACAUUUCGAGAGGACAAGACAAUUUGGCCGAUAUUAAGUUCAGAAAGCUAUUGUAAUAUGACGAUUGAUCACAAUUUAUAUCGGGAAAUCAGCUGCUAUGAAAGACAUCAAUUAAUUCCUUUCUCAAACAGUAGCACUGGUGCUGUCACUACAACUAGUUCACGUCUACAACUGAAAGGGGAAGAGUCAUAUAGCAGCGGAGAGUUUUUGGCUGAUUAUGAUGAGAUUAUUGAAGUGCGUGAUACGCUCCUGUUUGAUCACACGCCAUCUGUAAAACCGACACAUGGCGAAAUUAAAGCAGCGAGAGAUCUCCUCAAGGAAAUGUGUGCAGUUGGUUUUCCUAACAUACGCAAGGAAUUUUCAAAAUAUUUUACCCAGUUUUUACAAACUGCGAAGAAUUUAGAUUACAAGGCCUUAUCGCAGUUAAUAGCACGGGCAGCCAGCAUUUGCGAAAAUGGAAAAUAUCAUGUACUGGAGUCAUUACCCUAUAUUGGUAGCACCGCUUCUUAUCAAGUAAUGCGUGAUGAGAUUGUAGCAAAUGCAAUAUCGAAAUCAUUAGCGCAUAACUGGAUGAUCUCACUAUCAUUUAUACAGCGUCCAGAUGAAGAAACGUUGGAGACAUUUUAUACGAUAUUGGAGUUUUCACGUAAGAAAAUAGAACCAGAAUAUACCUUAGGCGCCUCUGCUGUCGUGCAUAGCUAUUGCAAGCAUAAUAAAAAUUGCGCUGAAAAUACCAAAAUAAAGCGAAUAAUAAAAUUGUUCGAGGACGAAUUUCUGAGCUUAUUCAAUAUGUAUAAAGGUGAACGGCGUUCCAGGGACCGCAUGAAAGUGAUUCUUAAGGGUUUAGGAAAUAUGGGCAUCAUAUCGGACUCUUUUGCAAAAUAUCUUCAGGAAAUUAUUGUUGAAGAUAUUGCACCGGUGGGUCUACGUAUAGAAUCUGUAUUUGCAUUUAGACGAUCGAAUUGUAUCAAAUAUCGGACAUUCUUUUUUGAGACCUAUGCCAAUUACACAAUUAAUUCGGAGGUGCGUAUUUUCAGCUAUCUGCAAGCAAUGAUAUGUCCAGACUAUCACUCCAUAAAUGCUAUAAAAACGAUUUUGGAAAAUGAGCAAGUCAAUCAAGUCGGAUCGUUUGUAUGGUCCCAUUUGAAAAAUUUGGCUAAAUCUUCAUCACCUGUAAAAAUUGAAGCGCAGGGCCUGCUACUUAAUGAUGACUUGUCUGAUAAAUUUAAACUGGAUAUUCGAAAAUUUUCACGCAACUUUGAACACAGCCUGUUUUUUGAUGAAUAUAAUUGCGGCACUACAACUGAUAUGAAUGUAAUUUUCGGCUCUGAGUCUUAUAUUCCGAGAAUGGUAACUCUCAAUUUUACGGCAGACCUUUUCGGACAAUCUGUAAAUUUCUUUGAAUUGUCUGCUAGGGCAGAAGGUUUUGAGGAAUUGGCUAAAUCGGCAUUUGGUCCUAAAGGUCCUUUUAAUCGCGAAUUAUUCAGAAAGAAAUUAUCAUUUCUAAACAGAUGGUUAGGUACUGAUACAUCUGAAGAUGACACAUUGGAAAACUUCUUCAAUUUAGAUAACUUACGACUGAAACGUGGUACUAAGAGUGAGACUGAUAAAGAAAAUACAACAACUGAAGAUCAAGAUUAUGAUUAUAGCUUUGAGACCAAUUCAGAUUAUACCACCGAUCAUAAAUCUGAAAAUCGUUUUAAACGUGCUGAAAAUGGAUACGAGACAUAUAAACAGAAUUUAAAAGAUGAUGUCAACAAUCUUGGCUAUAAACUUAAAUACGAUUACAAUAAUCCGCGCUCUGAAAUUGGAAUAAGAAUUUUUGGCAACGAUUUACUCUAUUAUACGUCGGAUGGCUUGCUAGAAGUAAUGGAAAAAUUUAAAGAAUUUGAUCCGUUCUUCCAGGCUUCAAAAAUCCUCUCUGGAAAAGAAGUAACAUAUAGUAAGUCGAGGGUAUUCCUUGACGCUUCAUAUAGUGUGCCACUUGCGAUAGGAUUACCGCUAGCAAUACAUGCGUUUGGAGCUUCGUCUGUAGAUUUGCGAAUCUCUGGCAAUAUGGAAAGAACUGAACCUUUAAGUGAUUACUAUUUCGAUAUGGAAGGAAAAUUCAAGCCUUCAGUUUCAGUAGAUGUAACAACAACAAUGCAAACAGAUAUGUUUUACGAUGUCUCAGGUAUUAAAGUUAAGAGUAACCUAUACACAAAUUCUGAAAUUGAAGCUAAGUUAAAAAUGCGUGGAAAAGAUAUGGUUUCAUUUUCCUUCAGUUUGCCACAAAAUACAAAUGAAAUAUUUAGUGCACAGUCCGAACUCUUGGUAAUGAUUGAUAGCACAGAAGUACCUCAGACUGGCAUUGAGAAUCGACGGUCUAAUAUAACAUGCACUUGGCCUGUACUCGAUGAUGCAAUUGGUUUAAAAAUGUGUUCUUAUUAUAGUGUUCCUGACUUAAGUCACAACUCUAAGACAAUUUAUCCGGGAUUACUGCUAAGUGGGCCGCUUAAUUUUAGUUUAAUUUUAUCGAAAUCAGAUCCUAGUGCUAAGAAAUUUGCUUUUGAAUACGAAAGAGAACAAGUUGAUAACAAUUCCAAUUGGUCCUUAGUUUUUCAUACACCAGGCUCCACACUCAAACGACUUUUAGUUGCAAAUGUUACUAAUAUACCAGACGUUUUUAAUGCUUCAGUUACUUAUAUAAAUGGGAAAACUACUGCAGCUGCUGGUUGCAGUUACGACGGCGAUCCUAAUGACCGAAAACUUGAUUUUUUCUUCGACACAAAUGGGAACCGGAGUUUAAGUGUGAAUAUGAAUUUAAAACGAGAGCAGGAUCGAUCAACAGUUUUUUAUAGGCCGAAAAUGUUGUUGGCUGUUAAUGGAGUUAAUAUUACGGGCCUGGUUGGAACCGUACGCAUAAAUGAAAAGAAUGGUAUUACACAAAAUGAUAUUGACCUAUCUUUUGAAACAAGAAAGUUGCAAGCAUUGAUUCGUGGAAAUGUUAUACAAAGUGAAGUAACAACGUCCACAAAUAUGAGCAUAAAUUACAGGUUUCAAGCUAACAAAGUUGAAACUAUAAGUUUCGAGGGGAAACUGAUGAAUACUGGAGAUAAAUCAAAGACAGAAUAUAGAACAAAUGUGAAACUAAAGACUUCUGCAUAUCCGAAACUGAAUUUUGCAUCAAAUGGCACCUUGCUUAGUUUGCAAGGUCACACGGAAGGUUAUAUAACUUACAAUAAUGCCACAAAUAUCAUAGAUCCAAGUCAUACCAGUUCCAUGAGAAUAGUAUUCGCACGAUCGCUGUCGGAUGACCAAAACUUUGAUGGAUCUCGGACUCGUGCAAGUUUUGAGGUGAAGGUACCAAAAUCAAAAGUGGAUUUCCGGAUUUUAGCCAAGCAUGAAGAAAGGAGUAAGAAUGGCACGGAGCAUAACGUAAUUCUUAGUUUGCGAUAUGCACCAGAAAAAGAAGCGACAGGUUUGUUUUCCAUACAUUUGCCACGACGUAGUCUGUUUGCUGUUGAUUCAUAUAUGAAUAUUAGUAUACCGGAAUUCAACUCAUGCACAGCACGAAUUAAACUGACAGAGAAAACACCGAAUGAUUACCUGAUAUUUUUAAAUGGAUCAUGGUUUACUGGGCAUACCAUAUCGAUAAGAGGCAACUAUAAGGAUAAAAGUUCGCGUAUACAGUCCCUACAUCAGCUUAAACUUCUUGCCGAUAGUCCUUCUUUUGAGGUCACAUCUCUAAAUUUGGUUUAUCGCCGUAAUCAACUCGUCAUUUUCACUGACGCGCAGGCUAAAUAUGGAAAAGAUUCUUAUGGCUUAACAGCUCAACAUGCCGGGAAUGCUAAUAACAAAAACUGGAAUACAGAAUUACGACUCAAAGUAAUAGAUAAGGAAUAUUCAAUGAAUGCAAAGCUGCUAUCAGAACAACCAAAACUGUUGGAACUAGAAGUACAUGUAGACAAAUUACGAGAUAUCCAUGUAAAAGUCGGUUUGCUGUCAUUAAGCAAGCGUAAAGAGGUUUCAUUGGAAUUGAAAUGGGAUGCUAACCGUGAUCCAACGCAAAGAUUAGGUUUACUAGCUGAGUACAAUAACAAUGCAGAAAGCAAAUAUGAUGGAAACCUAAUGGUUACAUAUCCAGACAGAACGAUAAGUUGUGGCUUUGAAAGUUACACGGGCGGUCCGAAGUAUUAUGGAUCGGCUAGAGUUUCUUGGAGCGUUAAUGAAAUGAUUAUGUUUUCAUACAAUGCUGGCAUUUCGCCUACAAAAGAAUUAAACAACUAUAUUUUUGCUGAGUUCACUACCCCGUUUACCGGCUGGAAGAAAAAUAAAAUACGAGCAGGUGUUUAUAAUGUGGGAAAUUUAUUUUUGGGAAAUACUUCAUUAUUGUGGGCAGAUAACCAAAAUCUUGAAUUAAGUUUUAAAAGCGAUUACCUUAUGGAUAAUCCAAUUGUUAGUGUGGACGUUCAGUUCGGUGUUAGUAGCACUGUUAAAGAUAUACCCACAUUAUUUAUUAAAGUGCAACAUUGGCAGGAUUUAAAGAAAUACCAAUCUGAUUUGGAUUUGCGUUAUAGCGGCUCUAAUGACACAAUGAUUAUAUACGCCUUAAAGUCUAACUGGGAGUUGUAUCAAGACCUUAAAUUUCAGAAUAUAUCAGGCACCAUACUAUUAAUCAGUCCUUUAGAGGGUUAUCAAAAGGGCGGAUUAGCUGCUAAAUUUAGUAUGAGUGAUCAGCGAGAGAUUCGUGGGGCUGCGUCAUUGAAUUUUGAUAUACGAGAAUUCACUCUGGCAAUGGAUGGAUAUAUCAAGAAAGUGACGGACAAUAUGUUAACUGUGAACAUUACUACGCCAUUAGAAAAGUUCCGUUUUAUUGAUGGACGUUUUGGUCUUAAUGAACAUAAGCGUCAUGCCGUUGCUGAGGUUCGUGCGCCCACUGCAGCACUUGGUGCAGAAGUACUUUGUGACAUUAGGUCUUUGUUAAAUUUUGAUGUGAAAUUAAGCGUUGCUACUCCUAUAGAUAGCAUUAGGCAAGCUGCAGUAAUUGCAAAAGUAAAAACAGACACAGUUGAUUUGAGAGGUAUUUGGAAUAAUGCCACAAUUGGUUUCACUGGUGUUUGGCGUAUGCAUAAUAUAACCGACUUUGAAUACUCAUAUACUGUAUUCACACCUUUGGCAGGUUUUGAUGAGAUCGGAUUCAUAAUCAAACUAAUAAAGACCGAUUAUUUCAUUGAUAUGGAUAUAUACGCAAAAUUAGCUCAUUAUAAAGCGGGUGUCAAAAUAAAUGGCCAUCCCAAAUCAAAUCUGCUUAGAGAGCUUGGAAACAACAAAAUUGAGUUAGAACUUUUAUAUGAUGAUGAUUUCAAACCAAUACUAAUUGAAGAGGAUGAAGAUUAUGACAUGAGCCGAAUGGACUAUAAUGAGUUCUUUUCAUAUUUCGUAGAUUUUAAAUUGGACACAUUAAUUUGGCCUACUAUUAACGGUGUAGUUGAUAUACAAGAAGUAUUAGACAUUUAUAUUCUUGUUUCGACCAUUGACUUACCACAAGGUCGCAUUGAUCUGAAAAAUCGCUUAUAUUUCCCCGAUUACAUUAAUGUUCUUAAUGUGCUCAAUGUGAAAACACCAUUCCCAGUAGCUAAUGAAAUUAAGGGAACUGUUGAAUAUCGCGUUAACUUGGACUUUACCUCAUUUUAUGAGAAAGUAGGUGUAAUUGUGUCGAACGACAUGAAUGAGUUAAAGGAAGGAGGGUUUGUAGUGAACUAUACUAAAGCAGAUAAUACUCUCAAGCCAAAGGAACAUAAUAUUUACUUAAAACUAAAGACGCCUUAUGCGUUACUACCGCAAAUUGACAUCACGGGCAGGUUUGAAGUUGAUGAUAAUAUUUACAGAGGCAACGUUACUUCGAUAACACAGGAAACUACUUUGUCGCUUGGUGCUUCUAUUGAGGCAGAAGAGAAUUUCCUGGAAACGUCAGUUGGUAUAUUGCUUCAUACAACCGUGGUACCUCAUUAUGGUUGCCGGUUGUAUUUCAAGAAAGACUUCGCAGUUGCUGAUAAUACAAUCGAUUUAAAAUUCGAAGUAACGGAUGACGUAACAAUCAACAAGCUAGAAUUUUCCACUGACUGGCACAACAGUCAGGAUAUACUUGUUCAUGUAAACGGACGGAUCAAAACUACUAUGUUACCUCUUAAAGUAGCUGAAACAACAGUUUUCAUUAAGAAAACUCCAAAUCCCCAACUUAAUUUCAAUUUAGCAUUUAUUGGAAAAGAUGGUUACAAAAUGAGUUAUGGAGCUAAGGGUAGUAAAAAUCGCGACGUAUUCAAUGUUGAAAUGUACACACCAAUUAAAGAUUUCAAAAAUAUAUCAAUGCACGGCACUAUAAUAAAGAAUCCCACUAAGAUGGAUGAGUACAAUAUCAAUGGGCAUUUAUAUCGAAACAUGGCCACAUAUAGCUUGAACGGUGUCAUUAAAAUGGGAGACAACUAUAUGACUGAUACACGCAUUCGGCUUAAGCCGAAGGCGGGUGGUCGUGAUGGUGUUAUAGAACUAAGCUUAUCAGAGAAUGACGAUAGUACAAAAGGCGUAAAGAUUCGAUUUAGUGCUAUAGAAAGUGGUAGAAUGUGUCAAAUAUCUGGUGGUUAUUCUUACAGUCCUGCAGCUGGCUUAGAUUUUUCGUUGUUAGUCGAGUCAACUGAAGCAGAACUGUCACGUAUAAACUUGAAUGGCAAAAUUUUAAAAUCUGGAACAGGAAACGUAGUUAGCGAAAUUUCAUUGCAAACCCCAUGGAAGGAAUUGGGAUUAGAGACAGUAAAAUUACGGUCUGAUUUAGAUAUAAGUGAUACCGCCGGACAUGUUCGAGGAGAGUAUGCCAUCGGUUCUAAUAUGGGUAGUGGAAAUUGUCAGUGGUCUUGGAUAUUAGGAGAAAACGUUUUGUUGUUACUUGAAAGUUAUGUUGUGCGUACAAACAAUACACCACGUGUGGUUCACAGUAGCAUACAUUAUCAAAACCCAGAUAGGAGUUUUGCUCGUCUUUCAACUGGUGGUAAAUUAAGCGUUGAUUCGAAAUGGAUUUUCGAAUUGAAUGGUACUGCAAAUUACCGUUCUAUGGAUGAUAUUAUGGCUGCCAUUGUAACGAAAUUGCCCGUUCCUGUUGGUGACGUGCACCACAUUGGAGCUCGCUAUCGCGGAAACCUUCUUAAUCCGAAAAAUCUGCAACCGAACUUAUUUAUAGAAGGGAAAUACAAUUCUGAAGAAGCAAAUCGUAGAUUCCUUACAAAGGUGUCAUAUCGAAAUGUCACGGACUUGCAGGGAAUGGGACAUGUCGAAUGGGGCGUAUCUGAUGAUUUGUCUAUAGUUGCAGGGGAUUUCCAGAUGCUACGAAAACCUGAUGUGCGACGCGAAUUCUAUGCAAAAUUAAUAACUCCCAAGUAUAAAAAUGAAAACACUUUGUUCUUGAAAGGAAAUUAUGACAUGUCACAUGAGAAUCAUCAGUUUGUAUGUGCACUCGACUGUCCUGCAUCACGUCAUAUUGGAGACGUAAAUAUUUCGUAUAGUUCACUUACAAAUAUGUAUGGUCAUGUUAAUUCCAUAACUCCAUUCCUUAACAUCAGUAACAUAUCUGCCGACUUUAACUUUACCACAACAAGUGGAGAGAGUUACCGAUACAUAAAAGGUACAUGGCCGACAGAUUCAGCAUACUUCCAGUUGCAUAGCCAUUACAACUCAGAGAAUAAUAAUGACCAUCUAAAAGGAGUAAUAGAAUUGGAAGUACCGAUUACAACUCACCAUCGUGCUGAUAUAACAUAUGGACUGGACAAAAACAAAAACGAAGACAAGGGUGUACUAACUGUGGUAUAUAAUGACAACAAGCUAUUAGAUGGAUUAUAUAAACGUGUAGCGCAUAAGGAGCAUCCCAUCUAUACGGAAAUAACUGAUAUCACACUUGAAAAUGAAAAGAAGCCCUUAGGGAUACAUUACGUUAAUACUAAAGAUGUAAGUACGCCGUAUGGUUACUCAGAUAUAAAGCAUGUGGAAAUAUUUGAGUUGCGUAAUACCAACAAUUUCAAUUUGACCGGAGAAUUGCAUAGUUCUUCGACGGCAAAGGGUCAAGAAUUUAAGAUUGUGGCAAUACAUCCAAAUAGAACGGUAAUAGUCACAACAAAUUAUGAAGAAUUAGGUGAGAAAACUGUAAGGCAACGUAGUAAAAUAGAACUAUCGAAAACAGCCUGGAUAGGUUACAAUGUGGAAAUUGGAAAUUUCAGUACGGUUGGCAACGAGUCGCAGAACUUUUUGAUUGAACUUUUUUAUCCUAAACGUUACUUGUCUACAGAAGGUUACUAUUACACAACAGACAACACAUUUAAUUCGGAUGUGGCCUUCAAAUGGACAAUGAAUGAGAAUUCUUCAGAAAAGAAAGUUGUGCGCACCGGUCUACUUUGGAAGUCGGAGCCAUUACGACGCAAAGAUAGAGAUAAUCAAACAGUGGUAUUCACAGUAGGUCAUCCCUAUCUUGAAAAAGAUGUAACAUUUAAAGGUACAUUCUACCGAGGCAUAGAAGAACUGCUGAAAACGACUAUGGUCAUAGACUAUUCAAAUGACCCCGAGCAUCUAAUAGAGUUGGGUGCCUCCAUUAAUGACUUACGCCAUGAAAUGGGAUACACUAAUUACUCUUUUAAAUUAUUUGCCUUCCAUAAAGCUUCUGAGAUUGAAAUGAACUUAAAUGGAACAGCUGCAGCUAAGCCAUCUUAUUAUAAGACUGAAUCAUAUGCGUAUUAUAAACGAGAUUUUUAUCCCAUAAAACAUGGCAAAUUUUUAGCUUUACUUGACUUAAAUAAUAAAAUAGUUGAUUAUGAACGUAUUUCUCCCUACCAUGCAGUACGACUAUACGCCAAACCAAAAUUAGAGUAUCCAAUUUACAGUCUUAACGCAACAAUAUGGGAUACGCCGCAAACAAAUAAUACAGGAUACGUUUAUAUUGACAUGAAGCGCAAAGUCGUAAGAAUGGAUUUCAAUUUGACUGAGGAUGCAAGCCAAAAUCUACAAAUUGUGGGAUAUAUUCCAGAUUCACGUAGUGGCUAUUUCGAUAUUUGGCGUAACUAUGACGAAAUACGAAUAAUUGAUGUAAGCAGUUACUACAAAAUGAAUCAUUCACGUCUGAUAACUGGACGUUUUCAUUGGAGACCAAAGAUGAAAAAUGAGCUACGGGCUAAAAUUAAUGCUGUGGGCACUUCUCUAUACAAUUCAUUCUCUGAUGGAAUUGACUUUUGGAUCAAAUCACUUUAUAGCGAGACAGUUGAGGCUAUUGGCGUAGUCUGGGAGAAGACAAAGAAUUAUAAUGAACACUUCAUUAAUGAUAUUGGUGAGUUGAGUGUACUUGAAGAAGACUUGGAAGAUUUACGGGCAUUUAUAAAUCAAACUUAUUCGGCAAAUGAUUUCUACAUCAGAACUGUAGUUAACUUCAGUCUUACAAUUUUGGAUGAAUUAGCAAUCAGAGAUCAUAUUGAAUCACUGCCAAAAAUAUUUACUGAAAUAUUGCAAGCUAUGGGAGAUUCAGGAAAAGCUUUACGCAACAGCAUUGUAUGGUUGAUUGAGACUGUUAAAACGGCUUACAACAAUAUUUUGGAUGUUAUUAGUCGAUUUUUCCACGGAGAAUCAUUGCAGUAUUUAUCAACACUGUUAGAAAAAGGUGUACAAAAAUAUGAUAAAUUUGUGAAGGACCUUCAUAUAUCUUUUAUAAAAUACGUGGAGAAUUUGUGGAAUAAAUUUUGGACUAUGAUGUCAAAUUACUGGAGAGGGGUUCUAAAGCGAUUGGAACCACAUGUAUUUAAGGCAAUGAGUUUAAUUGAGGCCACCGCUUGGGACUUCAGCAAGGAAUUAUUUGAUUUCAUAUAUAAACGAACAAAUGAAUUAACUGAAUCUCCAUACUUUAAUAAAGUAUCAAGCUUUACACAAGAUGUGGAACAUUUAUACAAAGACAUCCAAUCAAACGAUGCAAUUACAAAUUUCAAAAAGUACUCAAUGAUCGCCUGGAACUUCUUCAAAGAAAAGUAUUUUAAGCUUGUGCCUUUUGGGGCUGAACUAAAUGAAGUUCUAACAGAGAUAUUUGAUGAAAUUAAAGAGCUAAGGAAUAUCAAUGAAGUACGUAUUGUAAUCGAGAAGUAUAAUGAAAUAAUAGCGAAAUUAGAGUGGAUCUUAAAUGAACUACAGUUUGAAACUCGUCUGCAUCAACUGUAUGCAUUGGUGCGCAAUAAAAUCCGAAAUUACGCUAUGAAUGCCAUUGAAACAGCUGAUAUGUAUCGUGAAGCCAAAACUAAAUUUAUUUUCGAUCCAGAGGAGGGUAUUAUAGACUUGGAGCAGAAACUGCCAAUGUCUUGGCAUGCAUUCAAUGAAACACCUAAGUUUGAGGAAAUACCAGAGUAUAAACUUCUGGCAAAAGCACAAAAUAUUUUCUCGACAACAAAUUCUUCGUUGCUCAAGUAUAUAUAUAACUUACGCUCGAACUUAGAUCCGAAGACGUGGCUACCACCGUACUACUCUCAAGCAUUACUUGUAGACUUCCGUCAUUAUAUGACUUUCGAUAAGAAAUUUGUAGGACUCAGCAAGGGACAACAGAGAAGUACACAAUGCUCAUAUUUGUUAGCCAACGAUUUUGCACAAAAUAACUUUACAUUACUAUUGGAACCAUCCUUGAAUGCAACCCAUACAGGUGAAGAAGGAAUGAAACUUAUAUUAGUAGCUAAUGGAGAAGUCAUACAAAUAGAUCUCUUAAACGACAAUCUAAUUGUUAAUGAUGUGGACAAACCUUUACUGCCUAUUAAACUUGGCGAAGUAACUAUAUUCCGAGAUCACAAUAUACUCUCUAUAUAUUCAGAAACUGAAUUCAAUCUGCACUGUAAUUUAGAGUUUGACUUGUGCUGGUUUGAAUUAAGUGGAUGGUACUUUGGUCAAACCGCUGGCUUAUUGGGUACCAUGAAUAAUGAGCAUUUCGAUGAAUACUUAACGUCGAAAAAUUAUAUAGCGAAAAGUGAAUAUGAGUUCACCUCCUCAUGGUCAAUGCGUACAUGUAGAGAAGAAAAUGAAUCCAUUCAGCUGAAUACCAAUGAAAAUAUAAACGAAUUAUGCAACCAUUUCUUCAAAUCUGGUAUUUUAUCAGCUUGUGUUGACACAGUAGAUGCAACGCCAUUCUUCGAUAUGUGUUUAGAGAUGGGUGAAAAAUCAUCAUCCAUACGUCCGGGACAUCCAGCGGUGAAGGGUGUCUGCACUGCCGCAUUAGCGUACAUUGAGGCUUGCACAGCAGCUAAAGUGCCAAUGAGAGUGCCAGACGAAUGUGUCUUUUGCCAACUUUCAAAUGGUACAUAUGUGCCAGAAGGUACAUUUGUAGAACUUACUAACGAAAACGUAACACGUAGCAGUGAUAUUGUCUUCGUAAUUGAAGCCAAAUCUUGUAACGCCAACUUAACUGAGUCGAAGCAUAUAAUGACACUAGUUUCCACACUAGAGGAGCAAUUACAGGCUAACAAAAUAGUAAAUAAUCGUUAUGCUGUUGUUGCAUUUGGUGGGCGUGCUCCAUUUGACAAGCCAAUGAGUAUAUCGCGUGAAAAUCGUGUCUUUACUAAUGACUUUAAUGAACUCGAAAGCUAUUUCAAUCAUAUUCAAAUUUAUCAAGGACUCAAUAACGAUGUAUUACAAGCCGUGUCAGUAGCCACAAAGCUCGAUUUUAGACCUGGUGUUUCUAAAACAAUUAUUUUAAUGACAUGUGGUGAUUGUGCAGCACAUCAUAUGCGUUUCGAUUCGACAUCCAUAUUACAAUAUUUGAUGGAGGAAGGUGUCAACCUACAUAUAUUAGCAGAUACUGAAUUUGAGUUUGAAAAAACACGCAAACUGCGUCACUUCUUCGGUUUAGAUCGGGAGUUAGUUUUUACGAAACGUUUCCCCGAAGGAGAUGCGUCUACACGUGCCCAACUACAUAUUCCCAGAAGUGAUCUAGGAAUCUGCCGGCCAUUAGCGCUUGAAACCAAUGGUUCUGUGUUUAGUGCUAAUAGGCUUAAGAUGAACGUUAAGUAUUUAGUCAAACGUUUUUGCACAAUUUUCGCAAAACGAGUUGCUAAAAGUGCAGUACCAAAUUUAAAUCAGACAUGCGAGUGUUCUGGUUAUAAUACAGGAGUUUCUUAUAUGGCUUGUUCCCCGACCCUCUACCCAGAAGAACAAAUCGAUGACUAUGACUCCCAAUUCAGUGACUGGGACUUUGAUGAUGACUUCUACAGUUAAAUUUGGAAUAAGUUGAUUCUACUUUUCCAAGUCUUAGGCAUUAUUUUUAUGCUAAUUUUGUAAUUAAAUAAAAACCUGUUCUUUAGGAAUGACUUAUUUUAGACAUUUAUAAAAAUCACUUCUUUUAUGAAAUCUAAAUAUCGUGUUGGAGGAAAGGUGCAUGGAAACAUGAUCUGCUCACAAUAUCUCCAAAAAACUUAGAGCAAUAGUUUUAAUGCAUAUUUAUUUUUGCAAUUACUUAUAGUAUAUCUAGUGUAAGUUCUUAUUUUGUAAAAGUAAU